AUGACUGAUAAUGUUCAAAACACGUCUACUGUUCGGUUACAGAUCGAUGUUGCCAAGCUAGAGCGGUAUUUGAGGUCUAAACAAAUUGAUAAAUUCAAGCUACCAAUUGAGGUGGAGCAAUUUACCUAUGGACAGAGUAAUCCUACAUACCUCUUGAUCGAUUCUGAUAAGAGGCGUUAUGUGUUGAGGAAGAAGCCUCCGGGAACAUUGUUAUCAUCUACCGCACAUGCUGUCGAGAGAGAAUUCAAAGUAUUAGACGCAUUAGGAAAACACACAGAUGUACCUGUGCCAAAAGCAUAUGUACUUUGUGAAGACAAGGAAGUAAUUGGAACAUCAUUCUAUAUUAUGGAAUUUAUUGAAGGUCGUAUAUUUCAAGACAUUCGUUUGUUGUCUCUGCCUCGUGAAGAAAGAAAACAGUGCUGGUAUUCUGUCAUAGAAACUCUUGCAAAGCUGCAUUCGGUCGAUUACAAAACAAUAGGUCUUGCAGAUUAUGGCAAGCAAUCAAACUUUUAUAGACGACAGAUACGCUCUCUACAAAAAGUCUUGGCUGCUCAAGCACUCGCAGAAGAUGAGAAUGGAAACAAAGUUGGUGAAGUUUUCAGAUUGAAUGAUAUGAUUGCUUGGUUCAAGAGAAAUGAGAUUCCCGAUGAAACUACGAUUGUGCACGGCGAUUUCAAGGUAUUUCAUCCAACUGAGCCACGUGUAAUCGGCAUACUCGACUGGGAACUGUCCACUAUUGGCCAUCCUCUCUCUGACCUGGCCAAUUUGCUUAAUCCUUUCUAUCUCCCUACGAUUAACCAUAUUACGGGACUCAGAGACGUCAUUGAUCUUCCAAUACCCGCAGUGGAUGAGCUCAUCCAUUAUUACUGUCUUCAGGUUAAUCGGCCAUACCCAAUUCCCAGAUUUGAAUUUGCAAUAGUGUUUUCGUUCUUCAGGUUGAUAGUUAUUAUACACGGAAUAGCUGCUCGUGUGGCCAGGAAACAAGCAAGUUCAGCCAAAGCAUUACAGUAUGCAAAAUUGCUUAAUCCUAUGAUACACGCAACAUUCGAUAUCAUUGACAAAGGCGAUCUAAACGGCCAAAGCAAAUUAUGA